GAAGUGCAUGCAUUCGUUUGUAAAAUGAAAAUUACGUAUAAUAUGAAUCAAUGCUAACAUGUGCUCCAAGGGAAAAAUCACCGGACAUGAAUCUUAGAUGAGUUUUGAUUCUUCGCGUAGGCAAUUUGCAUCUUAAUUGUUCUUGGGCGCGUGAAUGUGCGUUAGGAAAAAUAUAUAUUGAACAACUUUGUUUUCCGUUAUGAGAAAGAAUGACUGGAACAGAAAAGCGACUAAUAAUGUACACGAGUUAUCAGAAGAAAAAUCUGAUAAGAAUACCGGAAUAAGAAUUAUCUACAACUGCUACUAGCAUUUAUCGUAACAGUGCAAUUAUGAUAUACAGUGUGUGACGAAGUAUUUGCUUAAGCUACUGGACUUUUAAAGGAACUUACAAUCAAGAUACUUUUAAUUCUUCAAGAAUGUUACGGAACUUUGUCCUGUAUGCUGGAUUGUUAGCAUCAAGCAAAUGUGCGGAAACAGACGCUGUCAUAGUGAGAGACUGGUAUAGCUGGCACAUGACAUGUCAUCGUCACAACCAGACCAUGCUCAGCUGGCCGAUGUGGAUGGAUCGCGGCCGUCCGGACCUGAAUAUAUCAUAUCCCGUGUGGCUCUAUGGCUUUGAAGUACAAAUACAUGUCGGAGAAAAUACAAGUGCGAGAAACAGGCGAACUUUUAACUUCUCCCAUCUUGAGACUCACAACAAAGCAAGAACGAGAUGCAUGAAAGGUAAAUGGAAAAGUUAUGUUGAAAACGGAUCAUUUACACUUAAAGCAGCUAAAAAUGAGUGCAUUGCAAAUAAAGCAAAGUUGCCUACCGUGAGUCCAAUUGACAUGAAACAGUUUCAAGUUGCUCCAGACAUCAUUGACAUACCAUUCUGGAUUCAACCACUGAAUGUCAGUAAAUUCGCCAGAGCCCACUGCUAUUUGCUCGACCAAGAUUUGAAACUAAAGAAAAGCAACUGUUCUGAAAAAUAUUCUGCAGUUUGCGUACAUGAAUCAGUUCAUGACGUAAUGACGUACAUUGGACAAGAGUCACGCACUGCAUUUUACAAAGCGUCGUUGAGCUUUACGCUUUCCUCUCCGUCAGAAGAAUCCACACAACGCAAUCAGGACACAAAUGAUGACUUCAGUGUCGCACCUGGAGGUCCCAACAAUACAUUGUUUUUUGCAGGAAACAACACAAUACUUUCUUCGGGGAGUAACGGAUAUACGCAAACGGAAAAGAUUAUCAUCAUUGCGCUCAUUUCUGUGGGUGUGCUCACUGCCAUAGCUUCCGUCUUGUCCAUUACCAUUUUCUGCAAGCUUAAAAGGUUUUUGUAUGCCGAAACCUAACAGAAAAGCGGAGGUAUCAGACGAUAACUGGAACACACCAGAUAUUUUCGGAGACAAAAAAUGUAAUAUGUACGAAAAUUGUGGACAUUCUUCGGGUAUAUACUAUAACGUGGAAGAGCAAUUUGUCGCAAAAUCCCCACAGCCAUCUAAGAACGACUAAUCCUGAAUUAAUUUUCGAAUUUCGUAUUGUGUUCUUGCCCUUGCUUGUUUUAUACUGGACUUCACAAAAAGGGGAUACCAACAUUUUAUAUUUCGAAUCGUAACUUAGUAGUACUAAUAUUAGUAUUAAUGUUAAUAUUAAUAAUUAGUAAUAUUACUAUUAGUAACGCUAUAAUUUUCUUAUAAUCGUAGCUUAUCGGCUUCAGAUAUAUAGGGUUUAACUAACACGAAAAAGUGGCCAAUGGCCAAUAAAAACAUUAAUGCGAAUAUCAGUUCGAUUUUAACAUGAUUUUAUUAACAUUGAUUCUUUAUAAAUGUUAUUUUUAAUGCUUAGUUCUUUAACGACGGGAUUUUGAUUAUUUGUUUGUGAAAAGAUAUGGAAGUUUCACGUGAAAGUAAAAAUAUGACCAACAAAGCAACAAAAUACAGACGUCGUUUCAAUACAAAAAGGACGAUUUUCUAUUUUGUUGUUUGUAAAGAGGAAAAUGGUUACUAUUUAUAUCCAUUCUUUCCGUCUUUGAUCGUGGAUCGUUUAACAUUGGUGUUAAAUGUUUUGACAAUUAAAUGCACGGAGGCCCUUCUUUGGUCGUCUGUAUUGUUUUAACUUAGUAUGAUUACCAUUUAAUGUAUGUAAGCGGUCAAAUAUGAUUUUAAUGCCAACAUUUAUUCUUGCAAUUUGAAAGCAACAUAUAUAUAAGAACGAGGACGGUUAAUCAAGCUUAAUUUACACAUCUUUAUAUGGCAAUAUUAACCAAACAUUGUUUACUUCAAUUUAAAACGAGCAAGUUAACGCCGAUACCGAUACGUGUAUUUAUAUUCGUUUCACUGACAGAAGUUUGUCUAUGUGUCGUAUGAACGAAUCUGCAGAUAUGUAUGUGGUUUUCUCAAUAGUGUACAUGGCCUGUAUACAUGAACUAGUUUACGCUUUUCAGCAAAACUUUAUUUGCAAUUAAAUAAAAUACUACUUUCGUUUAUUUUCUGGUACAACGUCUUCUGAAUUUUCAUUCUAGGUUGUAUUCAUCAGAUUUGUAUAUGUUUGAAAAAUACAACUACUGUAAUAAGAAAAUGUAUACUCAAUUUAACCUGUAUGAGGUGUACAUCUGCGCCAAGGUCGAUGUGUCGGGGAUCCUAAACCGCUUAAACCACCACUUGUUCUGCAUGGUUUGUUUUUACGGUGUAACUCAGUUUUCUUAAUUACUUUUUGUGCCAUAUGUGUGUACCGUUUUCGAUUUGGUCACUGUGUUUCUUUAACCCAUUUAUGCCUAGCGUCUAGAAAAAAAGGCCUUGGCAAAUAGCGUGAUGCGGCGUCUCAUCAGGGUCUGCGCUGUUUGCUUAAAGGAAUUUCUGUAAGAAAUAUCUAAAUAUAGAAAUAAAUACACUAGACAUCCCUAAGUUUGGAAAUACAUUGAUCCAAUUUAGAAGGAUGGGAGAGUACUCUAGGCAUAAAUGGGUUAAUCGUUGAUUCGUGUUUCAACGGUAAAUAAUAAUGUGCUCUUUUCCUGGUUUUGUUUGCAACCUAAACUCGAGUUUGAUAACAUUCGUCGCUUUAUAAACUGUCUACACAAAAUAUAAACUUACAUUUUCAAAUGAAUGUUUGUUAUCAAAAUUUACUUUAUGUCUUAACAACAUAGAAGACAUAAUCCAAUUACGGCUGUCCCAUAUUGUCAAAUACAAAAAUAAAAUAAUUAAAAAACCCUACAAUAUCUAACCGUCUAUGUAUUACAAUCAAGAAUAGAAAAGAGUUGAUGAAAUGGUGUCAUUUUGUAAAAUAAUUACUUUAAGGACGAUAAUUGAUUAUGAAUUUUAAUGAGAUAAUUACUCUUUUCCUCAUGUGUUAGUUUGAUUAUGUUUUUUUUUCAGACCUUUUGCUUGUUUAAAUAUUACUUUUUGUUUGCAUAUGCAUUGUAUUAAUUAUUGUGUUAUUGUGUCUCUUGUUACUCUUUCGUGUAAAUGCUGAACUCUAUUUUAUGUGUUAUCAUGUACAUUGUUCAAGUCGAAAUAAAUUUUCUGUCUGUC